UAAAAUUUUUAAAGGUUUCAAAUAGCGAAUUAGCUUUCGAUUAAACGGGUCUCUGGUGAAAUAAAUAAACAAAUAAAAAUUCUUGGAGUCAAUAACUGAGAAUUGAUGAAAAUGGUGAAAAUCGUAUAAGCGGCGCAUACCAUAGCUCAUAGGUAGCGCGUAGGUUUCCACCAUCACACAUUGUAAACCUUCUCGCUAAGAUCUUGUUUUGUUGGAAUGCUAGGAUAUCCUAGACUUUCGUGUUUAAACUCAACAGGCGCAAAUUUACACUAGGGAUUAUUAUGGUUUUAUUCGAAAGACCCUAAACUCGGAAAAUGAUCUCAUUAGAAAACAUAGACCAGUUGGCUGAAGAGUUGGAAAAACAAGAGUUGCAAGCACAGGGAGGAGUAUCAACACCUCAACUUUACGGACAACUACUUGCUAUUUAUUUAUACCAAUUUGAUUUAUGCAAUGCCAAAUUUUUAUGGAAAAGGAUACCACAAAAUAUAAAAUCACAGAAUACCGAAUUGGGCCACAUUUGGAAUGUGGGUAAGGCGAUGUGGCAGAGGGAACUCCCUGCAGUGUACACAGCCCUUAGUAGUACGUCAUGGACGGAUAAUGUCAAACCGAUUAUGGUCGGCUUGAAAGACAAAGUUAGAGAAAAAUGCAUCGGGUUGGUGUGCAAAGCGUAUUCCUCUCUUAAUCUUGAAAUGUUGUCUCUUCUUCUCGGCAUGACGACUCAAGAAGCCAUCGAACUGGCUAAAAAGAAUGGUUGGAACAUUGAGGACAAUAUCAUUUUCCCGGUUCAACAGACCAGCAUCCCCGUAAACAUUACAUCGACAGAACAACAAUUGCAUAAAUUAACAAACUUUGUCUCAUUUUUGGAAAAUUGAGUUGAUUUUAAAACCAAAAAGUUUAUGUAAGUUUUUGUGAUUAUAUGUUUAUUUCCGCUUAAUUUAAUUAAUAUAUCUUGGUAAUGUCAAUCCCUUACAUCUAACAUUGAUUUGAUAUGAAAUAUGUGUAGUUUUUUAAAUACAUUUUCAUGUGUAUCUGUUCAUUGUUCAUGUGUCCAGUAUGUUAAAAUACUGAUUUAAGUGAGGAGGUUGUGUAAGCCUAUGUAAAAAUUGAAUUAAACAGAACGGACUAUCCUCAUCAUAUCAAA